AUGAAUAUUAUUCUGAACUCAUCAUUUUUGGUUGUAUUCUUAACUGGAAUAUAUUGCGAGUUUACAACAACUUCUGAACAACCUCGAUAUGUACAUUGUGAUUCAAAUGAUAUUGUUUUGAACAAUCGAUGUUAUUCGUUCAUCAAAGAGAGAUUGAAUCGAAAUGAUGCGAAUAGAAAAUGUCGGCAGAUUGGGAAAACCUUGGCGAUUUUCGACAAUUUUAGUCAGAUCAAUUUCAUUACUUGUAGGUUUUGAAACUUUGCAUGAAAAAGAAAAUAGAAAAUUUCAGCAUACUCGCAAUCACAAUUCGGCACAACAUAUGGAAGUUUUUGGAUCGGUUUUCAACGGGGCACAACAUCAUACUAUUGGCAGGAUGGUUCACCAGUCACAGUGACUAAUUGGUCUUCCGGUUAUCCGCAUUCUAAUCAAUAUUUUGUUGCGCAAGAUAUUUCAAACGGAAAAUGGAAAAAUUUUCCAGACUCUGAAUUGUUGUUUUCAGUUUGUAGUGGAGUUUUAUGA